AGAAUGUGGUAAACGAAAGAAAGGUUUAUGCUGCUUAUGUUGUGUACUUGUCUCUAGCUCAGAGACGAGUGUAAGAAUAAAAGAAGGAACCCUUCAGUGUUUUUAAGGACUCGGUGAGCCACCUGUGUGAUCACGCCUUCAGUCACAAGUGCAUCAACAAUCCCCUGAAAAGGGGGACAAAUUUGUUCCCGAAAGGCAGAGCUCCGUUCCGAGAGGGCGACCUCAAAACCGUCUGCACCCUGAGAGACGUGGCCGCGAUGGCGGGAGAGGGAAAUGUCCGUGGACGCCCAGGCAGCUGCCCGGUUCCUGAGCUGGUCUGUCCAGAGCAUGAUGAGAAAUUCAAGCUGUUCUGCAAGACAGAUAAACAGCUGGUCUGUGUGAUCUGCAGAGAUGGGGAGAAGCAUCGAGGACAUGAGUUUCAACCGGUCCAAGAGGCAGCAAAGCUUAGGAAGAAUGAGUUGGACACAGCCUUGACUUUCCUGUCCCUGGACAACGGUGAAUUGGACGAAAUGACAAAACAGCAAGAGUCUGAGAUGCAGAAAGCGAAAGAGAAGUCCAAGAGGCUGGCAGAUGAAAUCGGCGUACAGUUUGAGAAGAUGCACGAGAUCCUGAGAAAAAGGGAAGAGGAGGUUAUGAGAGAACUGGAGAAUAAGGAGAGGAACACCACAGAGACCAUGCUAAAAAACCUGGCAACUAUGGAGAGGAGGCUGAUGGACAGGAGAGAGACGGAGGUGAUUCUACAGUCUGCAAUGGACAUUGCUGAGCCAGACUUCUUCCUACAGUGGUGGAUUGAGAAGGGCUCUCAUCUGAUCGAAGUACUGAAGAAGAAGAAUUUAUCGUUUUUGCAACAGCGGAAAACAACAGCGUACAGGUCUGUAGCACGUGAGCAUCAGGUGACCCCUAACUUUCUAUCUCUGGGGCCCUAUGAGUCUCACCUGCAGUUCUGCGUGUGGAAGGAGAUGGAGCAGUUUGUCACCACAGUCCCCGAGUGCCUGACCAUGAAGGAUGACAGUGACCCCAGUUUAAAGGUUUCGGCCGACGGUCGUAGCGUCUGGCAGGCUGACAGAAAGGGUGGGCUCAUGCUCUGGUCAAUAGAGGGCAACAGGGCCAAUGCGGUCAGCAAGGAGAGGUUUCAAGACGGGCAGCAUUACUGGGAGGUGGAUGUGGGAGGAAAGUUAGACUGGGCCCUGGGUGUUAAGGCCCUGGGUGAAUCCAACGCAGCACCGUCACCGAAAGGGGAAAAACAGCUGCUUCUGAUGCACGACAAAGGCUACAUUUUCAGGGAUGGAGGUGUUGAAACCCCAAUAAAUCUUGGCGUGAAGCCUAGGAAGAUAGGGCUCUACCUGGACUGUGAGAGACAGCAGCUUUGUUUUUACAAUGCAGACAGCAUGUCUCUCAUUCAUUCAUCCAAAUGUGAUGUGACAGAGGAUCUUGCAUUGUGUCUCAGCCCCGGUGUUUACCUUGGUGGGCGAAAUGUUGGACCGCUGACAGUGUGUCAGUACUGACAUUAAUUCUAAGCUGUCGGAACAAAAAGCGGCACUGAUAAUGCAUCCCCCCAGAACCAGGGCUGCAAAACACUAAAUAUCUUGAAAGAAAUGGUACUAUAUACUAUGUACAGUAAGUAAUGAUACAAGCGGGGAUGUACAUCUUUUCAAAGUUAUUAUAAGUGUUAUCAUAGAGAACAUAAGUUUUCUGGAGGGCCUUGAAUACAAGUGCUUAGAAAAAUAA